AUGAUAAAUAACAUUAGUAACAGUAAUUUUAAUAUAAAUAUUACUAGUUCUACUGUAGUUUUAUUGAGUAAUGCUACACACAUUAAUGAUAGAGGUAAAAAUAGUGAUAAAUCACUAGAAUCUCACUUGACUGAUGAUAAAGAAGUCAAGAGCUUUGACUUAUUAUAUUUAAUAAUCCUCAUAAAAGUUGGAGCAGAAGAAGAUGAAUAUGAAGAGAACGCAGAUGAAAGCAAUGAAAAUGUCGAGCAGCAACAAUAA